ACGUCAAACAUCGCCAAGAAAUCAGAAAAGAUUUUUUGUUGUUGGUUUACUUUCCUGAGUUUGCUGUUGUAAUUACAAUAAAUAAAAGUUGUUGAUUUAAUUAAAUGCAGUGAUAAUAAUGUCCGAAUCGGAAGACACUUUUUGCCGACUUUGUGCAGAGCCAACGCCGCUCGAACAGCUCAUAUCAACCACUGAUGAUGUCGGACAGAACUCGAAAAUCACAACCAAAAUGUUAUGGAUAAACAUUGAUGUUUCUACAGCUAACAACUUGCCGAAAACUAUAUGUUUCUCGUGCUUCGACCUUCUAGAACGUACCUGGUCCUUUCUGCACAACGUACGAACGGCACAGGACAAACUACAUCAAAUAUUUACACGGAAAGACAACGACAGUGAAAAUGACGAAAAGUCGCAUGAAAACACGGGAAAGCCUGUCGAUAGGAACUGGGAAUUGUUCCAAGACACGAAAGAGUUCAAACAUGAGGUCACAGUCAAAGACAUUGACGAAAUUAAAGUGGUGGACCCCAAUACCUUGAUGAAAGAUGUGAAAACUGAACCAAAUGAUAGUGACAGGGAAAUGAGCUUGGUUGAUAUGAGAGGGGCCUCCACAGACAGUGAUAUGCCACUGAAACUGCAUGCCAAGAAGAAAAAAAGCAAAACAAAAAAGAAAAUCAAGAAAUAUGAGGAAGCAUUACUUGAACUUGAUUAUUUACAGAAAGCAGAUACAGAUGUUGUCCAACUUGACAUGUCAACAUAUAAUUUUGUUACGUGGGAUGACCUGACAUACUGCUGUGCUAACUGUGAUGCACAAUGCAAGAGCCUCGACUCCUUGAGGCUCCACGCAGUAGAGAUCCACAACCGCUGCUGCUCUUUCAAAUGUUCAGAAUGCAGCAAGGUGCUACAAAGCUUCACAUCAUUCAUAAACCAUGUACGGUUGCACUUCAAAUCAUUACGGUACCACUGUGAGUACUGCAACAAACACUUCAGGAUGUCCACACUAGUGAAGAAGCACAGGAAUAUGACGCAUAAGGGAGCUUACUCAAAUGUAUGCAGAAACUGUGGACUCAACUUUGAAGAUCAAGAAUCGUUGCGCAGCCACAUGUUGCUGUAUGCCAAGGGGCUCCGACGCGUUGAGCUUGUGAAAAGUGAACUCACCGACGCUGAGCUGAAAUGUGAUGAGUGCGGCAGAGAGUAUAAGUCACGUAGCAACUUACAGGCACACAAACUUGUUCACACAGAGCGUAAAAGAGAGUUCUCAUGCCAUGUGUGCGGUAAAAUGUUCUACACUAAAGGUGCUUUGAGCACCCACAUGUCCACCCAUGAAGAUUUGAAACCUUAUAAGUGUGCAUUCUGCCCAAUGGCUUUCAGAGCUCGAGGGAACCUAACCUCACAUAUAAGUUUGCACACGGGGGCUAAACCAUUUGUCUGUGAGCAGUGUGGCAAGAGUUUCAGGGUGAAACGUCACUUGAAAUCGCAUUCAAUUGUACACACUGAUCUUAUGCCGUAUGUUUGUGAAUACUGCAACAAAUCUUUCCGUUUCAAAACACGUUUGAACUUACACAUUCGUCAGCACACGGGCGCAAAGCCCUACACUUGUGUUUAUUGCCGGAGAGACUUCACAAAUGGGUCUAAUUAUAAGAAGCAUAUGAAGCGAAGACAUAAUAUUGAUACAUCUGUCAGGAAAAAGUUUAACAAUAUAGUGAUGGAUAUUGAAGGUGUACCAAUUGUCCCUGACUUGGCAUUAACUGCUACUAGCAAUAGUAAUAGUAUAACUGCUAAUUAAAUCCUGUAAUUUAUACAUACAUUCACAAGUUUUAUAAGGAUUUUAUUUUUUGUUAGAAUCAUAACAACAUUUAUUUUUUAUAAGGACCUACUAUAGUUCAUUGUGUAAUGGUAGAUUAGGUCAUAAACUCAUAAUCAAUGCAAAAUAUUAUUAUUUGUAUAUAUUCCAUUAUUAUAAGUUUAGGUUUAAACAGUGUAAAUAAAUUACUAUUUAUAAAA